AUGGCCGGGGAUCAAGUCGUUCGGGCAGCAGUCAUGAGAAAUGAGCUGAAGCGCCGUUUAAUCGCUCGAUUUCCUCACCGCUUCACCACGACGGUUCCACAUACAACAAGGCCGAAAAGAACGGGUGAGGUCGAAGGUGUAGACUACUACUUUAUUGAGCGACCAGUCAUGGAAAAGAUGAUCUACUCCGGACAAAUGCUCGAAUUUGGAGAAUUUAGGGGUAAUCUCUACGGAACUGCUCUUAGUUCUGUGAGAGACGCACAGCAAGCCGGAAUACCACUGAUAACUCCGCAUCCGUUAGCUCUUCAAUUGUUAAGGACACAGGAGUUCAUGCCUUUCAUUGUCUUCAUACAACCACCAGAUGCAGAGACAUUUAAGGUGAGUUAAAU